AUGGCUGAGUGGCUGACAUGUCUGCCAGAUCAUCGGCAGAGUCAUGUUCUUCUAAAUGUGAGACCAAGGUCCACUGGAUUCCACGGGGACGGUCUGAGGUUGUUUCACCUAGUCUAUGGCUACUAGAAACAAGAUUGGAGAGAGAAUAAAACUCUGUUGUACUCCAGACUUGAUGGGAAAUGACUCUGGCACAGAAUUCCCUAAGAUAACACAGCUGCAUUCGAAGAGUUCAUAAAAUUUCCUUCUAAUGGUAACAAUCUAAGGUGGUAGUCCGUAUGCCCACACUGUCGAAUGCUUUCUCAAAGACAAUGAAGUCGGUAAACAAGGGAACAUUCCAUUCAAUGCACUGUUCAGUGAUGUUCUGGAGAGGAAAAUUUCCAACUCUGCAGCCUCGGCUUUUACGAAAUCUAGUCUGUUCGGGUCUCAACUUUGGAUCUAUGGCACUAUCAUUCAUUUUGAGAAAUGUUCUGCAGAAUACCUUGCUGGAAAUGAGCUGAAAUGGAGAGAGGUGUUAUGCCUCGCCACAGUUGUUACAAUUGUUGAGGCCCUCUUCUUCGGAAUCUUGUGUAUUAGGCGAAUACUACAAUCUAUAGGAAUCCCUAAAAGAGAUCGGCAAGAACCAAGGAUGCAGUGGUGGCGCCUACCUUUGACUUCACUAUGCUCAGAUUAUGGAGCUCUGUUCCUGAUAGCGUGA